AAAGUUGCAGGCAAGCAAAAAAUGUCCUUUGGAUUUGUGAGCCUUCUCUCACACACAACCGGCGAAGAUGGCGGCGCUGGCCGCGAGUCGCCGCCUCCUCCAUCUCCGGCCGGAGCUGGAGCUGUGCUUGCGCUCCCGUGUCCUUACCCUCUACUCCUGCCGGGCGAACGGGCCGGGCCGUUCCGGGCACGCGCCUCCGCGCCGGAGGCUCGUGAGCUUCCGUCAAGGCCCCUGCGGCGAGGGGAAUACGUUUGCCGGGAAGAACAAUGCUAUGCCGAGCCCGGAUGAACAGCUGAAUCUGGGAAAGGAUGACAGCGCCCUGGAGCCCACGGAGAAGAAGAACUUCUCCGAUGAGUUUCUGCAGCUUUCCUUGGAAGAGGAGGAGGGUCAUGACAUGGUGUGCGAAACCACAGUUCAGGAUGUGCGGAAGAGCGCGGUCGAAUUGCUUGCUGCCAGAGCAUUCACGGUUUCUGAGCUUAGGAAGAAACUAUGUGGUAAGAAGUAUCCAGCUGACACAGUCGAUUCUGUCAUUGCUGAUUUCAAGUCAAGGGGUUUGUUGAACGAUGGUUAUUACGCGGAAUCAUUUUCACGGUCCCGGUGGCAGUCAUCAACUUGGGGUCCAAGGCGUAUAAAACAGGCACUUCGUCAAAAAGGGGUGCCAGAUGCAGAAGCGGACCAAGCGACGAGGAAGGUGUUCCAGGAUGACCAGGAUGAUGAAAACCAGACGGCGCGUGGAAUCUCAGAAGCUUCCAUGGAUCAUCUCUUUGUGCAAGCGUCCAAACAGUGGCAGCGAGGGAAGAGCUUGCCUCUGGAGAACCGUCGCGCCCGCAUAGUGAGGUGGCUUCAGUACAGAGGAUUCAGCUGGGGUGUGACCAACACCAUUGUCAGGAAGCUGGAGGCACAGCAUCCUCCAUGACCUGAAUUUUCUGCUGUAUGUUGUUUUUGUUGUAAGUUGUAGCAGCCUGAUGUCAAGACAGUGAGGCAACACAGCGAGCUGGCAAGAUGAUGGUUGCUUUAACAUCCUAAUUGGAGAUUAGUUGGGAAAACCUGCUGCAUGUGGAAUCGCCUCGCACAUGAUGAAUAGCAUCAAGAUGGAAUAUAACUAAGAUAACACAGACUGUCAUUGCAAAAUGCAUAUUUUAGGCGUUUUUUAUGACACUUGUUA